AUGGGGUUGCUUAACAUUGAGUAGUAUGCAGGUUGUGACGGGAGGGGGUAAAACUGACAGCUUAAAAAGAAGCAAACAAGCUUAAGAGUCAUACAGUUUGAGGAAAAAUGGUUCGUACACUGUGACUCACCUGUCAUCAUGGCUACAUUAUUUUCUCAAGAAGUGAGACUGUUGCUAGUCACAGUGCUGUUUUUGAUUAUCAGUGCUGAUGCAAAGGAGAAGAGAACAAAAACACUGAGAAGAAUAAGAAGGGAAUGGAUCCUUCCUCCUGCCAAGCUGAUGGAGAACACCAAUUACACCCAUUUGGAAUUCAUUGCAAAGAUUCGCUCUGACCAAGACAAAGAUAAAAAGGUGGAAUAUCAUUUGACAGGUGCAGGAGCCAGUGAACCACCUUACAACCUGUUUGUGGUGGACCACAAUACUGGAUUUAUACGCAUCACUGGUGUUCUGGACAGGGAAAAAUACCCAUCCUACAAUCUAACAGGCAUAGCUAGAUUAAAGAGUGGGGAAGAGGCAGAGGCAAACAUUCCAUUGACUGUGACUGUACUGGACCAAAACGACAAUGCUCCUUAUUUUAUCCUGCAUGAAGGCAACGUCACAGAGGAGAGCAAAAAAG